AUGUUGUUUUCCAGUGCUUUCAUCGCCGUCACGGUGGCCGCCGCCUCACUCGCGUGCGUGCUCCCCCCGGGUGCGCUCCCCAAUAACAUCGCAGAGGGCUUCGCGAUCCGGGUCCAGAAUGCGUCCUUCCCCGUGAUACACAACCGCUUGUUGAACCAGUGGGCGGCGGGCGGCGGCGACCAGCACCUGUAUCUGAGCCCGGCCGGUGCGUCUGCAAGAGAUUUGACGCUCGUUGACGGCGUCAUCACGCAGCCGAGCAACGGCAAGACGAUUCGGGCCGUCAUCAACGGAGAAUAUACCGCCUUUGACAACACGACCAAGAUGUUCAUGACGGAGCGUGGAGACCCGCGUGCUGUGUAUGGUGUUGUGCGCGGCUGUAAUCCGGACACGGACGAGGUCCAGAUGGAACUGGCGUUUAAGGGGCGGGCGGACGUGACGGGCGGACAUUUAUGCGUGAGGCUUGCGUCCGGCAACAGGUGGGAGUUUCGCUACUCGCCUCCGGGAAAUACUGCGGUUGAUAAUCCGGACCGGCUAUGCAUCAAGGUGACGUUGGCGGUGGUCCGUAUAGGAGAUCCGGUGGUUCAAAAACUGCCGCCGAAUGUCAUAAGGUCGUCGUCCUAG